AUGUUGGCUGCAGCAGAUGCUUUGGUACAGCAAACUUCUCAACAUCAUAGGCAGGAGACAGAUACCAUGUCAUAUGCUAGAAAUGAGCUCAUUGAGCAGGUCAAACUAACCAUCAUAUCACACCCUUAUUUGGAUGACAUGUUGGAUAAGAUUAGAGCGACGGAGAUACCUUGGGAGGACUACAAGAACUCUGGGUUGAUCACUGAAGACGAAGUGGCCAUGAUCAAGCAUGUAGAGAACAAGAAUGUGGAUGAUCUGGGUCCUAUCAUGUCGGAGCAUGGCUUAUACUACGCUGCAUUGUAUCUUGAAUUGAUGCAGAAGCUAGCAAGAGUAGACGCCCUUCAGAAGGUGCUGAUUUUGAUACAUGAUAUGCUGGAUGGUAACGAGGAGAGAAUAGCCCUCUUUCACGAAGCUGGCAAGAAUGCAGCUGAAUUUCCCUUUGACCCUUUUCACAAGGCGCUGCGCAUUGGUGAUGAAUUCAUUGGUAUCCAGUCUAGCAAGAUCUUGACCCUGUUGAUUUGCUCUACGCCUCAACGCGAUAUCGACAUUCAUGAAUUUUUCAGAUGGAUGACCUUUCAACUGCAAAGCCAGCACCAACAUGUCAUUGAACUGAAUGUGCAGAUUUUGGACGCCUUGUUCCAUAUUCCUGCUUACAGACAAGCGUUUUGGAAGACAAGCCAUGCCAUCGACUCACUUGUCAGUAUCUUGAAAAAUGCACAAGGUAGAAAUCUGGGUCCUCAAAAGAUAUACGAACUUACAUUUGCUAUUUGGCUGUUGACUUUUGAUACGGAAAUCGCAAAGAACUUGGACAAAAAGUGCCAGCUUAUUCUUACAUUGGUUGAAUUGGCGAAAUCUGCAGUUAAGGAGAAGAUCAUCCGUGUCAUCAUUGCUACCUUCAGGAACUUGAUUGAAAAGGCACCGGCUGAAAAUAUGUCUGCCAUGUUGGUGGCUAAAUUACUGCCGCUGUGCGAGCAUUUGGCGACUAGAAAAUGGACAGAUCAAGAGAUAGCUGACGAUAUUGAGUUUACUCGGGCCGAAUUGCAGCAAAACUUUCAGAGCUUGACGACAUUCGAAGUGUACGCCUCUGAACUUGAAACAGGCAUGCUACAAUGGAGUCCAUCCCAUACAUCUGAAAACUUUUGGAAGCAGAAUGCUGCUCGUCUCAAUCAAGACAAUCAGCAAUUACUGAGACAGCUUACUCGUAUCCUCAGCACUUCUACGAAUCCCACUGUACUGGCAGUUGCAUGCUAUGAUGUCGGUCAAUAUGUCAAGUAUAAUGCAAAGGACGGAAAAAGAUAUCUGCAGUUGCUCGGUGCCAAGCAAAGAGUGAUGGAAUUGAUGACUCACGAGGACGCCAAUGUGAGAUACCACGCACUAUCAUCCACACAAAAGUACUUUGCAAUAACAUGA